CCUCCUGUUACCAUCAGAAGCCGUAUAUUUCUCCGCGUCUUCCCGAAAACUCCGAGACAUGGCUCCCAAAUCCGUCGCCGCUUUUCUCCUCCUCGCCCUCAUCGCCGCAUCCGCCGUCGCUCAGGCUCCGGCGCCGGCUCCGACGACCAGAACACCACGCGCCGCCACUCCUACACCGGCGCGUGCCCCUACAGCCGCAACACCGGCUCCCUCCUCCACUCCUCCUCCUUCCGCAGCUCCCAAGGCUUCUCCCACUCCCGCUCCGGUGAGUCAAUCACCGGCGACUCCUCCAACCACGGCGUCUCCUCCGUCUCCUCCUGUAUCUCCCUCCGGAGCUCCCGGUGCUUCUACUCCCACCGGUGCUAAUCCUGGACCUGCUCAGACACCGGCAGGUCCUGGCUCUCCGAACGCUGCCUCCAUGAGUAGAGUCGCUGUCGCCGGAUCUCUGUUCGGAGUGGCCGUCGCCGCCUCUUUGUUGCUGUAGAUCUGAGAUCCAUCGGAUAGUUUUAGUCUCAGUAGGAAUUUUUUUUCUGUUAUUUUCGGAAUUUUUAGUGUUCUUUCUUCCAAUUUUAUUUAUUAUGUAUUUUGAAUUGAACUCGGUGUUGGUACGGGCUGAGAUUUGAUUUGGGUUGUUAGGGUCUGAGAUUUUAUUUGUUCCUACUAUUAUUAUUAUCAUUAUUAUGAUUAUGAUUAUGCUUAUGAUUAUGAUUAUUAUGAUUAAAUGA